CGGGUGUCUGUAAUUGAAUGAGGGAGGAGAUAGAGCAAAGAAGCAGCCUAGCACCUAGCCAGUCAGCGGAAAUCCCAAAAGAAAACACAGAGGACUACCCUGUGCAAUAGCUACGGCUCCUUGUUCGCACGCGCUGAUUUAACAGGCCACCUCUCGCAGGCAGCUCUGCCCACAGAAAUCUGCAGCAAUGGGCGUGGAAGGCUGCACCAAGUGCAUCAAAUACCUGCUUUUUGUCUUUAAUUUUGUCUUUUGGAUCUACAUCCUGAUUGCUGUUGGUGCAGUGAUGAUGUUUGUGGGGUUCCUAGGAUGCUACGGUGCUAUCCAGGAGUCCCAGUGCCUUCUGGGAACGUUCUUCACUUGCCUGGUGAUCCUGUUUGCUUGCGAAGUGGCUGCUGGAAUCUGGGGAUUCGUCAAUAAAGACCUGGUUGCCAAAGACGUGAAGCAGUUCUACGACCAAGCAUUGCAACAAGCGUUGCAACAAGACCUGUCAAAUUCUGAUGCAACUAAUGCGAAAACUGUGGUGAAGACCUUCCACGAAACGCUGGAUUGCUGCGGUGCAAACAGCAUGAUGGCCAUAGGCACCUCGAUCACGCAUAGUGAUCUCUGUCCAAAGGAAAAAAACUUCUUGGAAACUUUUGUCCAGGGUCGCCUACCCCAGGAUUGUCAUAAGAAAAUUGAUGAGCUGUUCUCAGAGAAGUUGUACCUGAUCGGUAUUGCAGCCAUUGUGGUGGCUGUGAUCAUGAUCUUUGAAAUGAUCCUGAGCAUGAUACUGUGCUGUGGCAUAAGGAAUAGUACCGUGUAUUGAGAAGUGGAGAAUUGGGGGGGAAGAUUGGAGAUGACCGCGCAAAAGGGACCCCAAGUGCCACCAAGUGACCAGGAGACAUUUCAACAAAAGACAAAGAAAACUAUGUAUAUAAAUACUUCCAAUAUUACCAUACAGUACUUAUCAUUGUUACUUUGAACUACUUUUUUUUUAAACAAGUAAAACUUUCCCAUGACCUUGUGGCUGAGUUAGUUACACAUCAGUUUUGUGUGGUAGGGAAAGCUACUGUACCAGCGAUUCUGACCCCCCCCCCCCUUUUUUUUUUUUUUUGUCCUCCCCAUUAUUUCAGUGAUGAUGUUUAUGGUGCAGAAACAGGUACAGAGCAGCAGGCUACAGCCUCUUGUGAGGACAAUGAACACCUUUGCCUUGGUUUUUUUGUUUUGUUUUAAGUUUAUAACUGGAAACUGAAGCAGGGUUUUUUGUUUUCCUCUCCUUUCCCCACGGUCCUGACUCCAUGGCAUUCCCUAGCUGCUUAUAGGAAAGUUUGACUUGGUGUGCAAAGCCUGGUAGGAAUGAGAAGCAGGGGACACAGUCCUCCAAGCUGAGAUGCAGCCCAGAGGGAUCUGGAGGAGAUGGCCGGUUCCAAUCAGACACAUUUAUGUUGCUAAAUAAACAUGAGAGUUUAAUAGUUACAAUUUUAAAUUCUAACUUUUGCUUUUUUUCCCCUGGGGUUUGUAACUCGUUUAAAAACAAAACAACAAAUUGACCCAUUCAUUUUGGGCUGAACCUGUCUCUCAGGUUCAUAGCCUGGGAGCGAAUUCUUACCCCAUUUUCCCCCCAAAUUCUACAAAUGACUGAAAAAUAAGCCUGCUUUAUGUUCCUGCACACUUCUUUCCAGUCAUGUAACAUGGGGACUGGAGGGGCUUGAUGUCCAGUCUGGUUUUGUUAGUUCCUAAUUUGAACUAAUACUUCUGUAUAAAGGAUAUAUUAAAAGGGGGAGGGUAGGUAAGCGCUGAGAUCCAGAACACUCAAAAUCCUCCACAAAACAAAUGCAGGAUGACUUUGGGGGUGUCUUCUCAUGUUAUUUCAAACUAAUUUUGUCUUUGCAUCAUAGUUCUCUUUGAUACAGUUUUGCUUGCUCAUGGCAUAUUGUCAUAUAUGCUGUAAUUAUGCCAAAAAUCCCAUAACCUGUUAAACAUUGUUUUUUAAAAGCCCUUCAUUUAAAA